AUGUGGACUCCCUUCCUCCUGAGCUGCCUGCUCUACACCCUGGACAUAGGUGCACAACCGAAGUACCUGAUCAUUCUCCCAGCUGAACUGCCCUUCCCCUCUUCCCAGAGAGUGUGCUUGGACCUCCGUGGGGUGGAGAAGCCUAUUCGUGUGUCCUUAACUCUUAUGCAGGCGUCUAGCAGCCUCAGCCUCUUCCGCAAGGUUGUCCGGAACAACUGGAUCUUUGAGUGCUCCAGAUUUCAGGUCCCCCAACCUGCAGGUUCCCAAGAGGCGGUCACUGUACAGCUGCACAUUUCCAAUGGCCACUACUUCAGUGCCAAAGAAGAGAAGAAAGUCCUGAUCCGUAGGUCUGGCACAGGCACCUUCAUCCAGUUGGAUAAACACACUUAUAAGCCAGGACAGACAGUGAAAUUUCGAAUAGUGACAUUGACUGAAGAUUUUGUUCCCGUUAACAGCAAGUACUCAGUGGUGGAAGUCCAGGACCCAAACCGAAACCGAAUUGGCCAAUGGCUGGAUGUGAGACCAAAACAGGGCAUUGCAGAUCUCUCUUUCCAGUUAGCUGCUGAACUCUCCUUGGGGACUUACACCAUCAGUGUCAUGAACCCAAAAGUGUCCAGUACAUUUCAAGUGGAGGAACAUGAGUUGCCAAAAUUUGAUAUUUUCUUCGAGAGACCGGCUCAGAUUUAUGCUUCAGAUAAAACUCUCCCACUGCGUGUGUGUGGCAGGUAUCACUAUGGGAAAGCAGUGCAAGGGACCAUGAAGGUCACAUUGUGCCAGAAAGCGAGGAGGCGUCCUCAAAAUGUCAGCAAAGAUAUCUGUAGGGAAUAUAGCGGUCUGACAGUGAACAAGGGUUGCUUCACCACUUCUGUAAGCAUGACAAUCUUUAACCUGGCACACAGUGAGGAAGACAGCAAGCUCUAUGUAGAAGCCGCUCUUCUGGAGACUGGCACAGGGGUGCAAAUCAAUGCCUCCAGCCAAAUCCCCAUCUCCAGGACAACUGCAAGGGCCAUGUUUGAGACACCAAAUGCUUACUACAUCCCUGGAGUACCCUACAGAGGGAAGAUUAAGCUACAGGAUCACCAUGGAAAUGGUAUGAAAAACAAAAAAGUUUAUCUCGUGAUAAAGUUCAUGAGGCGUCGGUUUAUCAAAAUAUAUAUCACAGAUGGCAGUGGGAGAGCAUCAUUCAACCUGGACACAACUGCCUGGAACAGCUCCUCGGUCUCUUUGGAGGUCACUGGGAAGGCUGGAAUUGUUGUCAGGGGCCAAAGGAGUGUCCAGGUUGGGAAGCUGAACAGUAAGUCUGCAGUAACCUGGUUCUUGUUGAAGGGCUCAUUCUCCAUCCCUUUGACCUUCACUGCUGACUUCACCCCAUCACCUUCCUUAGUGGUGUAUGCCAUCUUCCCCAAUGGAGGGGUGACAGCUGACAGCAUCCAGUUUGAUGUUGCCUUGUGCUUUGAAAACCAGGUGAAGGUGACUUUCAUAGCUAGAGAAACCCACCCAGGGUCAACAGUGCAGCUCCAACUGCAGGCAGCCCCUGGCUCCAUCUGUGCGGUACAGGCAGUGGAUGAAAGCAAGUUUCUCAUGAGGCCAGAGAGAGAGCUGACAAGCCAAAUGGUGUAUGGUUUGUUCCCUGCUAUCUACCGACAUGGGUACCCUGCCCAGGUAGAAGAGCACUCAAAUCACUGCAUUCAGUCUCAAUCCAUGUCACCUCUCCUGCAAGGGAAAUCACAGCAUUCCAUUCAGCCCGACAUCUUUAACCUCUUUUGGAACAUGGGUCUGAAAAUCUUCUCAAACCUUGUAAUCAAGAAACCGACUAAGUGCUUUCACCGGGCAGAUAGGAAGCCCACCGUGGGGGGGACUUCUACAGAAGAGCACAGAGUUUCUAAGAAACAACCUCAAUCCACAACUGAAGGUAGACUUCAUGAGUAUUUCCCUGAAACUUGGAUCUGGAGUCUGUUCUCUGUUGGCUCCAAUGGCAGCAGGAGUGCCGUAGUCACAGUGCCUGAUACUGUUGCUGAGUGGAAAGUCAGGAUGUUCUGUUUGGCUGGGAGAGGCUUUGGCCUCGCCCCAAUCACAAGCCUCAGGACUGUCCAGCCGUUCUUUGUGGAUGUGACAUUGCCAUAUUCUGUGAUCCAGGGAGAGACCUUCAUGCUAAAGGCUACUGUGUUCAACUACCUGCAGCAGUGCAUACAGAUCCAUGUGGCCCUUGCUAAAUCCCUAGACUUCCAGGUGGAGCAGUGCAGGACCUGCAGAGACAAAGAGUGCUUGUGUGUGGAGGAGUCCAAGAUCUUCAUGUGGAAUGUGACAGCAAUCCAGCUGGGGACUCUGAAUAUCACAGUCAGGAUUGAGUUACUGGAUGCCACGCCACGCUGUGGGGACAAGAAGCCCUUGUCAUCGACCAUGAGGCGGAAGCACACUGUGGUCAAACACUUGCUGGUCCGGCCAGAAGGUGUGCUAGUGGAGAAGACUUACAGCUCCCUGCUGUGCCCAAGAGGAGGAAACAUGGCUGAAAACCCUGUGUCCCUUCGUCUCCCUGCUAAUGUAGUAAAGGGAUCUGCCAGGGCUUCCAUAUCCAUCUUAGGUGACCUCAUGGGGAUGGCACUGCAGAACCUAGACCACCUGGUGCAAAUGCCCCAUGGCUGUGGGGAGCAGAACAUGGUGCUGUUUGCCCCCAUUGUCUAUGUGCUGCAGUACCUGGAGAAGACAAGGCAACUGACCCCAGAGAUCAGGGAGAGGGCGGUGGGACUCCUGCAUAACGGGUACCAGAUGCAGCUUCUUUAUAGGCAUAGGGAUGGGUCCUACAGCGUUUUUGGGCAUCAGGAUGGGGAAGGGAACACUUGGCUGACAGCUUUUGUAGUCAAGAGUUUUGGCCAAGCCAGAAAAUACAUCUACAUAGAUGACAAGAAUGUCCAGGAUGCCUUGCAUUGGCUGGAGCAAAACCAGCUCCCCACUGGCUGCUUUGCCACCAAGGGGAGACUUUUUCAUUCCUCCAUGAAGGGUGGUGCGAAUGAUGAAAUCUCCUUAGGGGCAUAUGUUGCUGCAGCACUGCUGGAAUUGGGUCAGCCACUUAAGGGCAAGCUGAUGCAGAAUACCUUCAGCUGUCUGCAGCAGGCAGUUCACAACAUCACCAACAUCUACACAGAAGCUCUCCUGGCCUAUGCCUUUGCCUUGUCUGGAGACUAUGAGACAACCCAGGAGUUGCUGUACAAGUUGGAGGAACAGGCCAUCAAAUCAGGAGGACAAAUCCACUGGACGCCCAAACCAAGCUCCCCAGCUUCCGCAGACUUCUGGCCUAGGACUCAGUCAGUGGACAUAGAAUUGACAGCCUAUGUGCUCCUGGCCUAUCUCUCAAAGCCACGAGUGCAUGCAGGUGACAUGACAAUUGCAGCCAGUAUUGUGGCAUGGCUGACCCAGCAGCAGAAUGCCUACGGGGGCUUUGCUUCCACCCAGGACACAGUUGUUGCCUUGCAAGCCUUGGCAAAAUAUGCAGCAAGGACAUUCAGCACAUCAGGCCAAGCACUUGUGAGGGUGAAGUCCCAGAGGGGCUUUGGGAAGACAUUCCAAAUCACCCGCCAGAAACGGCUACUGUUGCAGCAGGCAGCACUGACAGAAGUCCCAGGGGAUUUCUUGGUGCAGGUCCAUGGCAGCAGCUGUGUCUUUGCUCAGACAGUGCUGAGGUACCAUGAGCCUCCCCCGCGGACCACCACAACCUUCACUCUGCAUGUCAACACACAGCUGACCAACUGUAGCCAGGCCAAUAUGCGUGUCCUCACCAUCCGUAUCCUUGUCAGCUAUGUUGGGAGCAGAGUCACUUCUAACAUGGUGAUUGUGGAGGUCUCCCUGCUGUCUGGCUUCAUCCUGGCUCCAGGAUCCAGGAUGUUGCUGCAGCACAAAACCAUCAUUAAGAAAAUGGAAGUAAAAGCUGAUGUGGUCUACAUUUAUCUGGAAAAGCUCAGUGAUGAAUCUCAGACUUUCAUUCUGCAACUGGAACAAAUAAUUGAGAUGAAGAACCUGAAACCAGCCAGCAUCAAAGUCUACGAUUACUACCAGCCAGAAGAGCAAGCCUUGACUGACUACAGUGCUGUCUGCAAUUGA